AUGCGUAUCACAGACGAUGAGCUGGCGCGCGAGGUCGAAGCGCUCAAAUCGCAUCGCAGGCAUUCCGUCAACCGCGCCUUGCUCGAUCCGGACCUUCCCGACCUCGCAGCAGCCUAUGGCGGCGGACAGGAACUUCUUUCCAUUCCAUCGCCCGAGCGAGAGAGGCGCGGCUAUAGCUUGGUAGACGAUGGCGCCGUACCAAUACGCAGUCCUUCCUCUUCCUCGACUGGAUCCCUAUCUCCCAACCAGAGCUACUCCAAUGAACGAGCUCGCUUCACGGCGAGACGCAGGGGUCAAGGCGCUGAACCUUCGUCUGGCGUCGAGUCCAUCGUGACUUCACCAUCACACCUUUCGCCUUCGACUUCACCUAGCAGUAGCGAUGCAUACGAUUCAAGAGCUCGUGCCUCGUCACCGACGAGUUUGACUUCCACCAGUCCAUCUUCGCCCAAAGACCCAAGUCAUCUCUUUUGGGUCCCAGCUUCGGUUCAUCCAGAGAUCUCGCCCACCGACUUUCGCAACUUCAUCAAGGAGCAUGCCGCUCGCGCCGUCACUCAGCAUGCUGGCGCCGACGAUGGAGCCACUGAGCAGGACUCCUUGCCACCUCUUGCUGUGGGCGAAUCACCCAUUGCACAGCGGCUCAACUCGGUCCGCCGUCAGCAGCAACAGCAGCAGGGUCGUCAGCAAUCGUCCAGCGACGCACGCGGAACUCUCAUCGGCCGAUCUACCUCUCUAUCGCGACGCGGCAGUACUCUCCGACGCCAGUAUCGACCCGAACAGGACACCGACGACACCGACGAUGACAAGGCGCCGCGCCCGCUGCAGCGCAAUCGCAGCGGCCUGAGCAAGGGCACCUACGGUCUGCCAAUACCCAAUCUGACCAUCGACGACCUGCAAAAGCUCGAAGCGGCCGCCGAGGAAGCUAGCCAGACACAGGAUCCUGCCAUGCUGCGCAGCGUCCUCCGCCGCACCCUCAGUCUUAACACCGGUCCGGAUCUCGACACGAUCGAUGCGAUGCCUGCCGAAUCUGCUGUAGACCCCGACGAGCCCAUCAUCGUGCCGAAGCCGGGUCAGAUCCUGCGACGAGCCGCAAGGACAAAGAUGCGCAAGGCAUCCGGCGACGCUACGCGAGGUAACCUGGCUGCGCGGCGACGAGCCCCUCGCAGCUCCACGGAUGCCGAGUCGGCCGGCACCGCCGCGGAGGGAUCUCGAGCGUGGGAGCUGCAGCAGGGCGACUCGGAGGACAUGGAGAGGCGGCUCAGCGGUCAGUCGGAGCUGUCUUCGGGCGCAGAUGACGAUUCGUCGGCGGGCGAUGCUUCGUCGCGACCCGUCUCGACCGAGGCGACCGACUCGAUUGUCGACGCCUACUCGCGCGACUCGUACCAGUCGGAUGUGUCGCACAGGACCAGUGUCACCUCGGCAGUAGAUAGUGUCAGGUAUGACAGCACGUCGGCCCUACGAGCGGAGCCAGAGUCGACGCAGAAGCCGCCCCGCCCGCCUACGCAGGACUUGUACGCCGCUCUCGCCGGUGCACAGCCUGCGCUGGAAGGUGCUGUCCACCAGCCCUCGGCGUCGCAGCACGCCGCCUCGCGAGUCAACGAGUCGAUGCAGAGUUCGAGACCGGACGCCCCGACAACCAGCAGCAACCAGAUCAAGCCGAUCGCCGUAUCGCAUCUGCCGCCGGUCAAGUCGUUCGAAAAGACGAUGCCUUCGCAGCAACAGCAGAAGCAAGCACCUCGGCCUGCGUCUGCCGAGGGCCAGGGAGCCUAUGUGGCGCAGGAAGCACAACGACGCGAUGCCCAGCCUGUUCCACACAUUUCUCAGCCUCCAGCUGCACCCGCUCUGACGAAACAGCAACCGCAGCAACAGCAACAACAACAACAGCAACAGCAACAGCAACAGCAGCAGCAGCAAGCCCAGCGACCGUCACAGCCAACGCCGUCGCAAGGCGUCACGUCACCACCUCCCCCCACCUUGACGCUCAACAAGCACAAGGAGAAGGACCGCAAAGGUGCCUUUGGCCUCUCCUGGUUCGGUCUCGGCAAGGACGACGAGGACGAGCGCAAAGAAUCCCACCGCAAACGCGAGAAGCACGAGAAGCGGGAGCGCAAGGAACGCGAACGCGAGGAGUCUCACAAGGACGAGAGCAGCUCGUCGAGCUUCCUCGGUGCGCUCUUCGGCAAGAAGAAGGGUCACGACGAGCCCUCGCAGCACGCUCCGUCUCGACCGACGAACGGACAGCUGACGGCGGGAAGUCUGCUGGAGCGCAACGAGAUGUACGGCAAGACCGGAGGCGCGUACUACUACGCGCGCUAUCCGAUCCAUAUCGAGCGCGCGGUGUACAGGUUGAGCCACAUCAAGCUGGCGAAUCCGCGCCGACCGUUGUACGAGCAGGUGCUGAUCUCGAACUUGAUGUUCUGGUAUCUGAGCAUUGUGAACCGCACGCAACCGGGACAGUAUGGUGCGGCGCAGACGCAACAGCAACAGCAGGGGCAGGGGCAGGGGCAGGUUCAGCAGGGCAAUGGGACCACGCCAUCGGAGCAGAAUGGUCCCAAUGCCGCAGCUCCCACCAACUCAAUCGCGAACGGCUACGCACCAGCGAUCGACACUUCCAGCGCCUACGACGGCAUCGAAAGCAGUCCCGACUCGGAAGACUCGGGUGCGGAACAGUGGGCUCCGACGGCCAACAGCGGGCAAGGCAACGGUGCAGCGCUCAAGCAGAAGCGAAAUGGUCUUGUGAAGCCCAAUCGGGCCCCAGCAGCGAGUCGCGGUCGCUCGGCGGAGAUGCCCAUGAAACAACCGGGAUACGGGAUGCAGCACCGCCAGAUCGACGACGACCUCAAGACGAUGGGAUCGCAGCACUCUGGGUUUGUCGUCGGGCAGGUGGUGGACGUCAAGGCGUUGCAAGCGAAUACGCCGUAUCGGCUCGUACCGGAUCCAAGGGUGGAUGGAGGCGGGCAUCAGGACCAGGCCAAAUCUGCUACGACCGACUACCUCGGCUUGGGACAUCAGUUUGAGUCUUCGGAGCCGCUGUGGGAUGGCGACAUGCAGCAGGGUGGAUCGGACGGUGACGACCCUCGCCGCGUGUCGGACAAGCCUGCGUUGCGAACGUACCGCGCCGAAGCGGAGAAGGAACGUGCCUGGCUAGGCAUGCGCAAUAGCACGGGUCGGUUGUCCCCCACCCCCCCUGGCGAGACUCCCGCCGAGCUGCGCCGCGAACCGAGUCAUCCUCAGGGUCGCAGUCUCUCCCUUGGUGGGAUUCGCACGGCAGAUUGGGAGCGGAAACCCGCUGAUAGAUCGAGGAAGAGCAGCAUGGGCCACAUCAGCCCGUCUGCCUCCCAGGGGUUGAGUGCAUCUUCCUCGAAUGGGUCGAUCGAGGUGUAUGGCGGGAUGACCACAUCCACCAGCGCACCAUUUGAGUAUGGUAGGGAGGGUAUGCAGCUGUCGAGCGAGAUGAUGGACGCUGCCCGGUCGAGUCAGUCGCGCCGGCGGUAG